AUGGACGCAGCGGAGCCGGGGUCGCCCCCCGGCCUGGAUAGUCGGAAGAGGUACAGCGACAUAUUCCGCAGCCUGGACAACCUUGAGAUCUCGCUGGGGAACGUGAACCUGGACAUGUCGACUGGGGAGUCCUUGCUGUCUGGAGACCCUGAGUCAGAGAAGACCCCCACAGCUACCGUGACCAGUGAAUGGAGCCAAUGGAGCGACCCCUCCCCAGCACUUCCUGCUCCCCUCUCAGAGGAGGAGCUGGACCUGAGGCUGAUCCGGACCAAGGGCGGGGUGGACGCUGCCCUGGACUACGCCAAGACGUGGAGUCGCUAUGCCAAGGAGCUGCUAGCCUGGACGGAGAAGAGAGCCAGCCAUGAGCUGGAGUUCGUCAAAAGUGUCCUGAAGAUCGCUGAGGCCGGCAAAGCCUCCAUCCACCAACAGAGCCAUAUGCCCCUGCAGUACAUUUACACGCUCUUCCUGGAGCACGACCUCAGCCUGGGCGCCCUGGCCUUGGAGACACUGGCGCAGCAGAAAAGAGACUACAGCCAGCCCCUGAUGGCCAAGCGGACGGAAAUCGAAAAGUGGCGGAAGGAGUUCAAGGAGCAGUGGCUCAAGGAGCAGAAGCGCAUGAACGAGGCGGUGCAGGCCCUGCGGCGCGCCCAGCUGCAGUACGUCCAGCGCUGCGAGGACCUGCGCACCCGCUCCCAGGCCUCCCCCGAGGACCCGGCGGCCCCCCAGGUGUCCGCGGGGCCCACCAAGCAGCAGGAGCGGCGGCGGCGCUCCCGAGAGGAGGCCCAGGCCAAGGCGCAGGAGGCCGAGGCGCUGUACCAGGCCUGUGUGCGCGAGGCCAACGCGCGGCAGCAGGACCUGGAGGCCACCAAGCGGCGGAUCGUGUCGCACGUGCGCAAGCUGGUGCUGCAGGGCGACGAACUGCUGAGGAGGGUGACCCUGGGACUGUUCGCGCUGCGGGGUGCACAGGCCGAGCGGGGUCCCCGCGCCUUCGCCGCCCUGGCCGAGUGCUGCGCCCCCUUCGAGCCCGGCCAGCGCUACCAGGAGUUCGUGCGAGCACUGCGGCCCGAGGCCCCGCCACCCCCGCCGCCCACGUUCACCUUCCAGGAGUUCGUGCCCACGAGCAGCAGCUCCCCUCUGGACGCGCGGAAACUUCCACCGAGGCUGGAGGAGGGCUCGUCCGACUCAGGGGUCUGGCUGGGGAGCCCGAGCCCCUCUCUGGCCAGCGACAGGGACAGCGAGGCCCGAUCCGUGGAGUCUCCAAAUUCCAGCCCAGGUGGCACACGGAAACUGGUGAAGGUGCCAUCCACAGGCACGGAGUCCUCCGACGACUUUGAGGAGCGAGAGCCUGAUCUGGGCGACGGGCUGGAGAAUGGGCCGGGCAGCCCCUUUCGGAAGUGGACGCUGUCUGGUGCGGCCCAGACCCACCGGCUGCGGCGCCUGCGAGGUCCAGCCAAAUGCCGAGAGUGCGACGCCUUCAUGGUCACCGGGACUGAGUGCGAGGAGUGCUUUCUGACCUGCCACAAGCGCUGCCUGGAGACGCUGCUGAUCCUCUGUGGCCACCGUCGGCUGCCCGCGCGCUCGGCGCUCUUCGGGGUGGACUUUCUGCAGCUCCCCAGGGACUUCCCAGAGGAGGUGCCGUUCCUGGUGACACGAUGCACGGCUGAGAUGGAGCAACGCGCCCUGAGUGUGCAGGGCAUCUACCGGGUGAGCGGGUCGAGGGUGCGUGUGGAGCGGCUGUGCCAGGCCUUCGAGAAUGGCCGUGCGCUGGUAGACCUGUCGGGACACUCACCCCACGACGUCUCCAGUGUCCUGAAGCGGUUCCUCCAGGAGCUCACCGAGCCCGUGGUCCCCUUCCACCUCUACGACGCCUUCAUAUCUCUGGCCAAGACCCUGCGAGCUGACCCAGGCUCAGGUUCUGAGACCCCCGCGCCCAGUCCCGACGUCAUCCGCGCCCUCAAAAUGCUCCUGCUGCAGCUGCCGGACUCCAACUACAAUACCCUGCGGCACCUGGUGGCCCAUCUCUUCAGGGUGGCCGCGCACUUCUCGGAGAAUAAGAUGUCAGCAGACAACCUGGGCAUCGUGUUUGGACCCUCACUGCUGCGGGCCCCUGACAGCCCGAGUGUGACCUCGGUUACCCGCCUGCUGGACUCCGGCCACCAGGCCCAGCUAGUCGAGUUCCUCAUUCUGCACUACGAGCACAUCUUCGGCUUGGAUGAGCUGCCGCCCGCCCCGGAGCCUCUGCCCCUCCAGCCUGGACCACUCCCAAGCAGCUCCUCAGAGCCCGAUCCUGACGUCAAUACCGACACCCACAGUUCUCAGGAGACGCAGCCUGAAACUACGGACCCCGAGAUUUCCACCCCACUGACUCCGGCCCCGCCGGCUGACGGGUGGAAACCCAUGCAAGAUGCCAGAGACGAAGGAGAUGGGGGGCCCAGCCAAGGCGCCGAGGAUUCACUGCUGGGGACCCAGUCCCGGGCCCACUUCAGCCGGCAGCCAAUAAAGUACACCCGUGGCGGGAUGCGACCCAUCACCCACCAGCUGUCCAGCCUGGCCCUCGUGGCUUCGAAACUGUGCGAGGAGGACCCUGUGCUGCCCACCCAAGAGGGGAGCCUGCAGAGGCGAGGGGAGCUUGAUGACAGCCCUCGGCGCCGCUCGCCGCUGCCCAAGAACUUAAAGAUCACCCAGGAGACUGCCCGGCUCCUGGCCAAGCUGCCCGAGGAAGCCGUGUCCAAGGCCGCCUGCUGUCCGGACACCCAGGCCUCGGAAGAAGUCGAUGACCAUCUCUGACUGCCAGAGUCCAGGGGCCCACUGCUCCCAAGAACGCACACUUGACGGGGUGCCUGGAGAAUUCCUGUACAUAAAGAAGGCGCUCCCAUCCCAGCUGGGAAGGGGCAAUAUUGCCAGGACCCCCGCUCCACACCCUUCGGGACCCUGGUCAUAUUACCAGGCCUCAGGCACUCAGGGUCAA